AUGGCCUGUAAGACGGCGCGUUUCCAGCGGGCCGUGCUCUUCUCCCUGCUGAACCCGCAGCCCAACGGCGCCGGCUUCGUCGGCUCUACGCCAAACGGCACGUGGGACCUGUCGCAGUUCAAACAGAUCAACGUGCGGGCGCGGGCCCAAGGCCAAAACUACCGCUACAAGGUGUACCUCAAGCACCACGACCACUCAUCCGACCCCGACCGCGCCGUCUCCGUGCGCCGACAGAUGCCGCAGGACAGCCUGACGACGGUGAGCCUGCCGCUCGAUUCGUUCGCGUUCUACUACCGCGGCCGCCGCGGGGACGACCCGCCGCCGCUUGGACACCGCCGCCAUCACGCGCAUCGGCUGCAGAAUCUACGCGGCGUGUACCAGCCGGAGAAGCAGAGCGGCGUCUCUCGCUCGAGGUGA